AAAAAUAUUACACUUAGCCACCAAAUUAUUAAAGAUACGGCUUUGUGUUUUCUUUUUUCAAUGAAGAACAAAAUAUUUUGUCUCAUUCUCUCACAAAAGAAAAACCUAAAUCCCUCCGUUCCUCCAUCUCCAAAUAGACAGCAAAAUAAAAAAUCCAGAAUUUCCUCUUGUCUUCGUCGAUGACCAGCGCAAACUUUGAGGAUCCCCCUUCUUCUCAUCGUCCUCUCCAAAGAUGUUCUUACCCAAGCUUUUGUUCUGACAUCUCCAAGGUUUCAUCAUGGUCAGAACUCAACCUACAUAUAUCUACAAAACCAAAUCGAGACCUCCACAGUAAUACCGUCUAUUCAAAACCCUAGAUCUACAUAUUUUGUCUCUCCCUAAAGUUGCAAUCGCCAGUCUGAGGUUCCAUUACUCCUAAUUGUUUUUGCUUCACAUCUCAUUCAACGCCUAACCUAUUACAUUCUCGUUUAUUUGGGAAAAUUAGAUUCGAAAUUGAAAUCGAUUCCAAAUUAGGAUUUGAGAUCCGGAGAAACCGCUUAGUCUGCUAACGACACUUCUUUUUUUUUUUGUAUUGCGGUCAUAGCCAAUCCUAUCGAUGUUGUUAAGUUUCAAAAGUAGACAAAUUUACACACUUAUCUAUAAAAUCGUUUUGUGUAUAUUUGGUUGAGCUUCUUGUGUAUGUUUUGUUAUAGGCAGACGAGAUUACGCAGAAGAACAUGUUGCAGGAAUUAUGUAUCAAGGCUCGUGUUGUCUGUUUAUUUUAAAUAUAAUAUCCAAGAGAUAUUUGCAGCCAUGGGGAUAUAAGGGAAACAUGGAACUCAACAAGGAAGAUAUCGUGCCAUUGACACCAGCAGCUCAAAUCACAGCACCUCCAAUCCUACAAGAUGGCUCAUCUCAACAAGGUAAUUUAUUAGCAUUUUAAGUAACUGUUACAAUAUUUCAGUUUUUUCAGGUACAGUUUGUUGUCUUUUUUCUCUCAUAUUAAAGUUGCAUAGGAGGGUUUUAGUGCUCAAUGCAUCUAGAACAGAACUCAAUGAUUUGGUCUAUAGAGUCCAUAUUCUGUUUCGUUUUCUAAAUUAUUAAAUAAGUGCUUUGGCUUUUCUUUGAUUCUGUAAUCCUUAACUCUAGUAAUUCACGAGAAUCAUUGACAUAUGAGAGUUUUUCACUUGCUCCACAUGUUCUUUGUUUUCUUUUUAUGGUUAAAAUACUAAAUUUUGCUUAGAUAUUUUUGCAGAUUUUAUAAGUCUUGUAACUUCAGAACCUAAUAACGUUUGUAACAAAAAGGACAAAAUUAAUGGAUGAUUGCCAUUAACAUUUUGAUUUCGGUUUAUUUGUUUUCUUACAGCUGAGGAUGCGUUUGGAUUAGCAGUUUGGUUAGGAAGAGGUUUAUCAAGUGUUUAAGCUCAGAGAAGAGAUAGUGAUGUUAAUUCUAAGUUUCAUGUAAGAUCUGCUCAAGUACUCAUUUUUACACUAUUCGAGUUUGAAGUUUGAUUGGAGAGAAGAAGAAGACUGUACAAGAUUAUGAGAAGAAUUGGAGAAGCGAGUCAAGGUUAGAAAGAAGAUGUGAUAUCAUUUUACUUGUGGCAUUUGUUAUUGUAAUGUUAGUUAAGACUUGGAUUGAGACUUGUAUGGAGAUUUUAUAUAUAUUGAAUUUGAUCAAAAAGAGGUUUCUUGCAAAUGUGUAACA